AUGGACUCUCAGAGUUUUUCCCUUGGCCUUGAAGCCUCUUCGUAUUUGACGGUGCCAUACACCUUUCACAAACCAAAUAUAUCAAAGACAUUCUCUGCAAGGCAAGUAUGCUUGACGCAAAACCCACAUCUACACCUAUGGUUUCAUCCCUUCAUCUGGUCAGUCAUGGCUCUCUUGUUCCGUCAACAAACUCUCUCAGGUUCAUGCACCAGCCACAUUACCAUCAUUGGAAAGCUCUCAAACGAGUUUUACAGGUGGUACCCUUCAUCAUGGCCUUCUCCUUCUGGGUUUUACGUCUAUUUGGGUCUCAAUGUAGUCUCUUGGUCAUCGCAUAAACAGAAGGUCGUUUCCCGCAGUAGCACGGAAGCCGAGUAUCGAAGCAUUGUCGCCGCUCUUGCUGACAUCAAGUGGAUCACUUCUCUUCUUCGUGAACUCCGCAUUGCCUUCUCUGUACCCAAGAUUUACUCCGACAACCUUGGUGCAACUCUUUAG